AUGGAGAUCUCCUCUCAUCAGUCUCACCUCCUGCAACAAUUGAAUGAACAGCGCAGACAAGAUGUAUUUUGUGAUUGCAGUAUUCUAGUCGAAGGGAAGGUCUUCAAAGCACAUCGAAAUGUAUUAUUUGCUAGUAGUGGCUACUUUAAAAUGCUUCUUUCUCAGAAUUCAAAGGAGACAAGUCAGCCAACCACAGCUACCUUUCAGGCUUUCUCCCCUGACACUUUUACAGUUAUCCUGGACUUUGUCUAUUCUGGCAAACUAUCUCUUACUGGUCAGAAUGUCAUAGAAGUGAUGUCCGCUGCUAGCUUCCUUCAGAUGACUGAUGUCAUUAGUGUAUGUAAGACUUUUAUUAAAUCUUCGUUAGAUAUUAGUGAGAAAGAAAAAGAUCGCUAUUUCAGUCUCUCAGAUAAAGACGCCAACUCUAAUGGCAUAGAACGUUCCUCUUUUUAUAGUGGUGGUUGGCAAGAAGAAGGCAGUUCUCCACACUCUCACCUAAGCCCAGAGCAAGGAACGGGUAUAAUAAGUGGAAAAUCCUGGAGUAAGUAUAAUUAUCAUCCAGUCUCCCAAAGGAAUACUCAACAACCUUUGGCCAAACACGAACCAAGGAAAGAUUCCAUUAAAAAGGCCAAACAUUUGAGAUUGUCACAGCCUUCUGAAGUUGCUCAUUAUAAGUCAAGCAAACGAGAAGCACGAACAUCCGACUCUUCCAGCCACGUUUCCCCAUCUGAAGAACAAGCACAAAUUGAUGCUGAAAUGGACUCUACUCCUGUUGGCUAUCAAUAUGGUCAAGGAUCUGAAGUCACAUCCAGAAGUUUUCCAGUUUGUGAACUGGUACCUAAAAUAUCAAACUGUCCUGCUUUUGAAAAAUCUCUUUUUAUCACUAUUUCAAUCUCUACACAGAUCCACCAGGCGUGUAAACUCAUCUGCAGAAAAUGCAAACGCCACGUGACUGAUCUGACAGGGCAAGUGGUACAGGAGGGAACCAGGCGCUACAGACUGUGUAAUGAGUGCCUUGCCGAAGUUGGCAUAGACAGCCUCCCCAUUGAUUUGGAAGCUGAGCAACAUCUUAUGUCCCCAUCAGAUGGAGAUAAGGAUUCCAGAUGGCACUUGAAUGAAGAUGAGAAUAGAUCCUAUGUGGAGAUUGUAGAGGAUGGGUCUGCUGAUCUGGUCAUCCAACAGGUUGAUGAUAGUGAAGAAGAAGAAGAAAAGGAAAUAAAGCCCAACAUUAGGUAG